AUGGUGUACGGGGAACAGCAUGCUGCAAAAGAAAUGUUCGCGGUCAAUCAGGCGUUUGAAGAAUUUAAGCGAUACCUCUUGAGCCCACCAUUGCUCCAUACUCCAAAGGCAGAUGAAAAACUCUCUUUGUACUUGGCAGUCUUAGAGAUUGCGGCAAGUGGUGUCCUGGUUCGAGAAGAGCAAGAUGGCGCUUCGAAUGUGAAGGGGUCCGGGAUAGGCAUCGUGUUAAUGCCGCCCACGGGCAUCACUGUUAGACAAUCCAUCAAAACUGCUAAGUUGACUAACAAUGAGGCCGAUUACGAGGCCAUAAUUACAAGUCCCGAACUAGAUAAAAGCAUGGGGGUGGAAGUCAUUGAAACCAAGUGCGACUCUUUGCUGGUAGUAAACCAAGUAAACAAAACCAUUGAGGCUCGAGAAGGUAGAAUGCAAAGGUAUUUAGGCAAGCUACAUGUGACUUUGCACCGUUUUAAAGAAUGGAUCUUACAGCACGUACCUCGUGAGCAGAACAGUGAAGCCGAUGCUCUUGCAAAUUUGGAGUCAUCAGUCGAGGAAGACGAAAUCAGCUCGAGCACCAUCGUUUAA